AUGACUCUGAGGUCAUCGUCAACAACAAUAUUUGACCUUUCGAAGGAUGAUUUGAGCUCAAUUUUGCAAACUCUAAAACCAAAAGUUGAUGCGACAACAGCAAAUUCGAUGUCUGUUAGUGAGCUACGAGCUCGUAUUACCGAAUGGUUAAUGCUAAAUGAUUUAUCAACAAUGCAUGAUUUUAAAUAUUUGGAAAAUUCCCAACAAUGGAAAGUACCUGAUAGAGCUGAUCAUUGCAUAUCAUGUGGCAAGUAUCCGGUCACAUCCAUUGGAAAUAUCAUAGCAAAAAAUACCACUCCAAUAAUAGAUCAGCCAUUAACAAGUCAAGAAUCGCUGGUAUUUGUUGGACGAUCGACCACUUUACCUUCGUCUGUUCUAGAGAUCAUAGAUUUCACCAAACCUCUGAAUUCAAAUAUCAUUUUGAAAACGUUACACGAUCAAAAUGGUAACAAAUUGAUGAACAAAAAGAAGCACGGUUAUGAGCAUGGAAAAGAUCUGUGCAAUAAAUGUGCUCAUUGGGCUUUUCCAAAUUUCAAAUGUUUUCCAAAUCAUCAAAAUGAUUGGAAUGAUCUUCAGCCUAAUACUGUCGAUUCAACUACCACUAAUUUUUUAUGCUUUUCAUGUAAGACUUAA